AGGCAAGUAAAAAGAGAAAGACUACAAGCAAAAGUUUCGUCGGGAUGUUCUUGUGGUUAAUUUGUUGAUGUUGACAUAACGUUGCAGCAGGAUUUCUUCUUAUUUCUGCAAUACACAUACUUAAAUAUAGGUUAUGGGCGUCGGCCGCAGCAAAGAACAAACUCGCCAAGAUUUGAAGUAUAGAAUUCAAGAGUUCAAUUCCAGACUGCAACCUGCACUUAUUCAAUGCAACCAGGCCAAGACUACUUUCGUUACUCUGUCGGACCUAUGGUCGUGUAGUCGGAUGGAGGUACUUGACACGCUGCCGGCCGUUGCGCAAGAGAUCGACAGACACCACCACAACGUCAACAUCGCCAGCCUGACGGGAACGUCUUCAAGCAUUGCUGGCGGCACCGCUGCUAUCGGAGGACUCAUUUUGGCACCAUUCAGUGGAGGCGUCUCCUUAGCCUUAUCUGCUGGUGGCUUAGUGGGUACCGUGGCUGGUUCAGCCACUACUCUUGGUGCAAACCUAGCAGAAGUCUACCUGACCAAAGAACUCACAGAACAAGCCUCAAAGGUUUUACAAGAAGAUGCCUUCUACACCAAAGCACUAAGUGACGCAUUCCGCGAAGUCAUCCUGCAUGAGCAACAGGUGAUAUCCAUCCUUGCUGAGCUCAACAAUGAAUCCUUGAUGGAGGACUUAGGCAAGGUCCUACAAGUGUCGCCUGCCUGUGACGAGGAACUCGAAAGGAGGUUCCGACAUCUCAAAGAAGGAGCCAACUCUCUGGAUGACAUCGUCACCCUCGUCAGGUGCCUAUAUCCGGAAGACAGAGCUUUCCUGCAGCAACUGAACAAGACGGAUAAUCUAUUUGGAGGUGCACCUACGUUUUCGCGCACACUUUCAUCCUCUUCUGAUUUCUUCCAGGCCAUGAAAGAGCUGGCUACUCUUGGUCCCGAAACCAUAAAAAAAAUAAGUGGUGCUGCUUUACAAAGUACUACUGCUGAAGCGACCUGGGCAGCCACUGGUGCUCAGGUUGCCUCUUUCACCACACAAAUGAUUGCAGCUGGUUUGGGAGCCAUUUUCGUGGCACUGGACAUCUAUCAGUUCAUGAAAACUUCUGAGAACUAUGACAAGGGUUCCAAGACGGAACUUGCUGAGCGCAUGCGUAUGGUGGCUGAGCAACUUGCGCUAGAAAAGCAACAAAUUGAAAAAUUGAGCGACUUGUACAGAAAGCAAUUAAAUGUGGAUGUGCUGAAGGAGACAUCCUGAUAGUGAUAAAAUAAUUGAAUGUGUAUAUUUUUCUAGCAUCGAAAAUCACGCAAUCAAAUUGUUAAAUCAUCGAGAAAAAAUUAAUUUAAUUGAUUCGUAUCCGUAUCUUCAAGAACAAUGUACGUCAGAAGCAUGUUAAAAAUACUUUUGGCAUAAUACAAAUUUUGAUAUAAAGAGUUUUCAUUCAUCAAGAACAUUUUUUACCAGUAAUAUAUUAAAAUAUUUUUGAUAUCAUAGCAUGAUAAGAAUAUUUUACGAACACGGAAAAGAGCUUCCAUCCGAUGUACGUAUUCAGUACUUUAUUCCCAAAGAACUCACUUAUGAAACAUAAACAUUCUGAGCAAAACUCUAUAAUGGCGCGAAUACUACGCGAAUUUUCAUAACGAGAUGUAGACUAUUUUUCGGAAAUAUUUACAUUGCUUGAAUUUGUUUGUGAAUUAUAACCUAAGGAAAUGUGAUAAUAAAAUUUUUGUGAAAAAGAAAUUCAUACACUAAAGGAAACUAUGCAAAUUACUUAUCUGUGAUAUGUCAUACUGUAAAACUUUUCAAUACUGUUAAAAAUUAAUUUAUUAAAUGCCUAUAUUUUUCAUCACA